AUGACGGAAAAACGGGAAUUGGAUCCUCCAGUGGUUGCUUCCAUUGUGCGCAUCGUUCCGCACACUUUUCACCAUCGCACCGUUUGCAUGAGGAUCGAAUUAUACGGAUGCCCCUUUUCAGGUGAAAUUGAGUCGUAUAUAGUGCCGGUGUCACAGGAUGAGUUGCUUUUCGAAGCCAGUCCAUUGAGGCUCGGGGACGACAGCUACGAUGGACUCAGAUCACCAGGAAAAUCAUCAGAUGUCUUCAAGAUUGCUGGUGCUGCUGAUGAAAUUCUGGAAGCAGGUCUAGGACAGCUCACUGACGGCAUCUAUGGAGUUGAGGAUGUAACUACGGACAUGGUCGCAACAUCCAUCCAUAUGACAGCGUCUUUGGUUGUUGUUCCUCUGACGCUCAUUACUCUGGAACGACCGAAUGUGACUCAAGGUUACGACUGGGUCGCCUGGAAGAACAACUCCUCGGGUCACGACCUGGAAUUGGUGUUCGUCUUCAAGAGUCUCCGAGUGGUGCACGAAGUCCGGCUGCACGCAGCCAACGUGCCUUCCUUCAGGGUCGGGAUCUUUGCAAGUGCCAAGGUGUUUGUGGACUCAGGAAAUGGACAUGGACCCAAGGAACGACUAGUUGCGUUGUUGGGAUUCGGGGACGAUUGGAUUUUCCUCAGCGAAGUUUCUUUUAGCUCUGAGGAUUACGAUCCGAAAAACCCUGGUCACUUGAAAUCGCGAGGGUCGUCAUGGUCCUUGACGACAGCUGAGCCCGGUCAAACGUCGACACCGACGCUGUCGGCAUCGUUGAAGCCAACAGCUUCGGCUGUUCCAUCAGCUGACCAGUCUGAAUUUGCCACACAACCUGCUGACGAUGAGGAAUCCGGAAAUGACUCUGAAAGUCGAUCUGGAACCCCGUUCCAAACCUCGUCCUCCACGCCGUCGGUGUGGAUCGAGAUUUUAAUUGUGUCGCUGACGCUCUCGGGUGUGGUUCUGGUUGCACUCGGUGUCGUUUGUGCCGUGAGGGCCACUUGGGGCCAUUGGCCAUCCGACAGUGGGAGGAAAGACCAUUUGGGCAAUGCCAGGCAGGGAUGGUUCACCAAGAAACCCAAUCAUAUCUUUGCAAGUGCCAAGGUGUUUGUGGACUCAGGAAAUGGACAUGGACCCAAGGAACGACUAGUUGCGGACAGGACCUUCGCCUCAGAUGUUGGCAGAGACUUCGUUCGAAACGUGUCUAUACCGCUGAUUUCUGGACAUGAACUCAUAAUUGCACGCGUAGUUCGAGUCGUGUUGGGAUUCGGGGACGAUUGGAUUUUCCUCAGCGAAGUUUCUUUUAGCUCUGAGGAUUACGACCCGAAGAACCCUGGUCACUUGAAAUCGCGAGGGUCGUCAUGGUCCUUGACGACAGCUGAGCCCGGUCAAACGUCGACACCGACGGUGUCGGCAUCGUUGAAGCCAACAGCUUCGGCUGUUCCAUCAGCUGACCAGUCUGAAUUUGCCACACAACCUGCUGACGAUGAGGAAUCCGGAAAUGACUCCGAAAGUCGAUCUGGAACCCCGUUCCAAACAUCGUCAUCCACGCCGUCGGUGUGGAUCGAGAUUUUAAUUGUGUCGCUGACGCUCUCGGGUGUGGUUCUGGUUGCACUCGGUGUCGUUUGUGCCGUGAGGGCCACUUGGGGCCAUUGGCCAUCCGACAGUGGGAGGAAAGACCAUUUGGGUAAUGCCAGGCAGGGAUGGUUCACCAAGAAACCCAAUCAUCUGCAGGACGGCCAAGAUGUCGGCGGUGGAGGAGGAGGACUGCGUCCAGCAUGCAGGAUAUCGUUGACCAACGAGCAAAUAGUGACUGUGGGCUCGGAGUACUCAGCCCUGGACAGGGCCACUUUGUGCACCGAGUACUCCUUGUUGGACGACAAUUUCUGCUUGCAGCAGCAACAGCAGGGUACUACAAACGCCCUGGGCAAACUCGGGCAGCCCAGGCAGCUCCAGCUGCAGCAGCAACACUGCUGGCAGAGUGCAAAGGACGUCUCCAAUCUCUCCUCUCCUGAAAGCAUUUACACUGGUGCAUCGCCGUCGACACCGCCGAGUCAUUUCCUCUUGGCUGGCAUGAAGACCUCUGCAACGACUGGCACUUUGUCGACGUUCCAUCCGACGGGUCAGAAAAUGGACGCCGGGAAGGGCAAGAUGGCGACUUCCUAUGCGGCUCAGCAACAGCAGCAGUUGUUGCAAGACCGCGGCAGCAAGAAGCGACGUUCGCAUCAGCAGGAACAGCCGUACGCCACAACCGACAUCCUUUGCAUCAACAACAACCAUUCGAGCAAGAAUAAAGACGGCAAACAAGCAGCUCAUCAGCAAGCUCAGGUCUUCUUCCUCACUCAAAGAGACUCCGCUGGAGAAUUGAGCUUCGCCCCGUUUCAACAGCAAGCGUCAUCUUGGUCAACUGGCAACAUUUUUGACCCACCGCGUCAUCAGCAAAAUCAGCAAUAGUUGGAUCAAUCCCCGGACAUACACCCGGGAAUGGGCACAAAGGUGGGGAUGAAGGAGAUCAUGCUAAAAAAAAGAAAGCUGGAAAUGCAUUCCACGGAAAAAUUAGUCAUUCAAGCAGGAAUCAAGGAUCGUUCCGUUGCAAAAAAAGAAAAAGAAAAAGAAAAAUGAAAAAUCAAUGUGCAAUUUUUUCUCUAAUCCCCCUCGGUUGCACAUAAUUGCGACGAGUUGUAAUAUUUUCCGAUGUGAUCCUUGCAUGUGGAUUAACCCGAAAUUUUUCUAUGUGCUCUCUCAGCUGAUCAGCUCUGAUUUUUUUUCUUGAACGAACCAGCCGAAAAACAUAUUUUCAAUUUUCUGCAUCCAAUAUUUCCCGUCAAAAAAAGAAAAGAAAACUUCGAAUCGUGAUCGCUGUUCCCGAGCUCUUCCUCGCAUAUCCGUGUUGGAGCGUAUCUUGAAUUGUGGUUGUUGUCGCCAUUUUCAUCGCAAAAAUUACAAGAAAUUCAUAAUACCUAGCUGAGAAAAUGUUGAUAUUACUCCUUCAAAUGUUUUGGAAAACCGAAUUAAAAUUCAUAUUUGACGAGCAACUUUCAAAUUCCGUAGCAGACGAGUUUCCAAGAUUCGAUUCGAAGAAAGUCUUCAAAAACGUCGGCGUUAUACAUUUUUGAAUGAUUUUGGUUCACAAAAUUGAUGUUCGCCAAAAUUAUUCGCAGGUUAGCAGAUCGUUGAGAUUCAGAAGAGAAUCGAUUAAAUAAUUUGCCUGUCUGAACAGGAGAACAUUGGUCUGUUGUCAAUGGCUAAAAUUCGAAUUUUUGUUCUUUGCCUAUUUUUGUACCCCAGAAAGAAUAUUGAAACAAAAUUCCACGAAAAAUGAACGGGAAAAGAAUCGAAUGAAUGCGAAAAAAAAAUUUGCUGCAGCGUGUGAAAGUGUUUUUAAACCUUUGUCUGGCAUUUUUACGUGUUAUUCCUUUGGGUCGUGCUCUUUAUUCAACGUCAGUAAUUGUCGAGAAAUGAGCGGAUUUAAAUCGCGAAACGAAUUCCUUGAGUUCAUCUGCAUUUUUUUCAUUCUUUAGAUUGAUUUUGUUGGGAUAACCCAACACAGUACUUGAUCACGCCACGUAUUCUACUUUUUUUGGAAACGAACUUUUUGGAGUGUGUGAAUUGAUCAAAAUUUUUGUCUUCAUAGAGGAUCUCGGCUGAAUAAAAAUGACUGUGAAAUACAAUUUUCUUGGUGUGGCCCUUGAAAAA